AUGGAAUAUGAAGUUUCAGACAGUAGUGGUACUGAUGAUGAUCUCCCACCAUCAAAUCAAAAUAGAGUUGUAAGAGGAGGAAGAGUUUCAGGAAGUGGACAAUCUGCUUUAAUUUCUGCAACAUAUUCUAGAGUGCAAGCUGACAUGGAGGCCCAAAUUCAUCACCUUGAACAAGAGGCUUAUAGGGCUGUACUUAGUGCUUUUAAGGCUCAGUCAGAUCAACUUUCUUGGGAUAAGGAGGGUUUGAUUACAGAACUUAGAAAAGAGCUUAGGGUGUCAGAUGAUGAACACAGAGAGAUCUUAACAUUGGUCAAUAGAGAUGAUAUCAUUCAAAGGAUAAGGGAGUGGAGAGAGGCGGGUGGCCAGCAAGCUCCCAGGUUCAAUGUAUCACAGUCUGUUCGUGAUGUUUUGCCCAGUCCCACUGUUUCUGCAUCCCGUAAAAAACAGAAGACAUCUCUAAUGUGCCCCACUGGUCCUCCCAGAAAUCAACAUUUCGCGAACCGUGGUUCAGCCUAUGAUGAUAAGGAAAUUGGAAAAGAAGUGUGGACAAGAUGGCCCGAGGACAACAACUUCUACAAGGCUGUCAUAACUCGCUAUAACCCUGCUGAGGGCCGACAUGCUCUUGUCUAUGAUAUGAAUACAGAAAAUGAGACGUGGGAAUGGGUUGAUCUCAAUGAGAUGGCUCCAGAGGACCUUCGUUGGGAAGUUGGGGAUCUGGGAAUUUCUCAUGGCGGCCCAAGCCAUAUAAUGAAAAAAUCUAUGAGCCAUGGUGGUUUUAUUUCAAGUUCUGUAAGAGGGAGGGGAUCCACUAAGGAUCAAUCAAAAAGAGAAUUUCUUCUAACACAGAAUGGUAUUGCAAGGAAACUUUCUGACAAUAUUGAGUUACUCAACACAGAGGCCCUUGUUAAGGAGGUGGAAAGGGUUUUUGGUGUCAGUUAUCCCGAUCCUCUUGAGCUUGAGAAGGCAAAAAAGAUGUUAAAAGAACAUGAACAAGCACUUGUUGAUGCAAUUGCAAGGCUUGCAGAUGCAUCUGAUGGAGAAAGUGACGGAGACCCACGAUUCUUGCAUGGGCAAGCAAUGGAGCAGGAAUGA